AUGCACUACAGAACACACGACAACGAACACUCGACAACAACCACUACUACAACCACAACAGAGACGAUGUUGCACAGGACAUCACACAAAUCUGGAUCCCACAUCCACCACGACCACCAACAAAGUGUCCACAUGCACCACAUCAUUCGCCAGCUCCAGCUCGAAAAAGAGCACCAACACCAUCACCGGCAACAACAACAACUUGCUGUUGGUGCACAUACACCCCCUUCUCGUGAUACUCCCUACAGGAGGGACUCUCACAUGGAGCACUACAUGUCCGACAUCCUGGCCGCACCCGCACCGGCUGCUCUUUUGGAGGAGGAAGGAGAGGAUGCUCUUAUGUCAGAGUCGCAUGUAGUUUCGAUGAGGGAUUUGAACGACAAGCUGGAAGAGAUUAAGCACCUCCACAACAACUUACAGGCACAAUCCAACUCCUCGGGCGACCCCCUUCUCCAAGGUCUCCUCGACCGUCUUGACCAACACCACUCUGAACGGGACCAGGACCGACUCCGGGAACUGGAACUCGAGAACGAGAUGCUGCGUCGUCACCAGAUACAUAGAAUUAACCCGGACCUGUUGGCCAGGAACUGGGACCAUGCCCAUACCUUGUCACAGAAACAUGGCAAUGCCAAUAUUAGGCAUUCUUAA